AAAGAAUUAUCGAUUUAAUUUCUUAUUUACAUUUCGUAUAAUUUUAGCAUUUCUAAAUAUAGAUGGGGUUAGGGAAAGCAUGCUACGAACGGCACAAUGAUUUCAGAUGUUCAAGGAAAAUAUUUUUGAAUAAAACGAAAAGAUUUUUUGAGAAAACGGGUAUUAAAAAUAAUUUAAUAUUUGUUGGCAAAAUUAACAAUAUAUUUAUAAGAGCGAAUCUUCCAAAUGGAUGAGGGCGGCGGCGAAUCUUCCAAAGAUGCAGAAAAUAGCGAUAAAACGAGUGAUGAGAUGAUAUUAACGAAAAUGGAUAAAUUUAAAAAACUAUUUUAUAGCGAUGUUGAAUGGGAAGCAUAUUUAUUAGAAAGAAUCGAGAAAAGAGAAAAAGCACAAAAAGGAAUAAGUCCUGUAAAAAAGAAUAAUUUAUUAAAGAGAUUAAAGAACCUAUUCACAACGUCUCAAGAAUGCCAGAAGUUUCUGGAUAGAGAAAGAGAAGAAUAUCUUCAAUCUCAAAGAAAAAAAGUAGAUACUGAAAGUGAAAAAUAAUUAUCUUAAAAAUGUGUGAAAUUUUGUAAUAAUUAUUUUGAGAAAAUUCUCUUUUAUAAAGAAAUUAUUUUAAAU